AUCAGUGAGGGAAGGCUGGAUUUUAUUCACAACUCUGCUGUAAGAAAAUUAAAAAUUUAACUUUAAAAAAUAACUUUAAAAAAACCUCUUAGUAUGGAGAUUUGAGCGUGCUGACAUUCAGGAAAAUGCCUCGGGAUGAGAAGCUGAGUGUGAGGUGGUUUCACUUUCAAGAAACGGGAAAGAAGAGCAGAGAACGUGGACGUCUCCAAAAGCGCACCAAGUCCUGAGACGCGCGUCACUUCGGCGGAUAGUGGAGAGGCGCGUAAGAGCGCACAGAACUUCUUCCUUCAACAUGAAUGACUACAGUUGGACAUCCGAGAACGGCAGCUCCACCCAGCUCCCCCCCAGAUCGACUACACCUUCGAACUCCUCCAACACACCCACAGCGAUGCCCUUCAACAACAUCACUUUAAUCAUCUACGCCAUCGUCUUCAUCAUGGGGUUUCUGGGUAACACGCUCGCCAUCUACGUGAUGAUCCGCUAUGCCAAGAUGAAGACGGUGACUAACAUAUACAUCCUCAAUCUGGCCGUGGCGGACGAACUCUACAUCCUGGGGAUUCCCUUCCUCGGCACCAACAGCGUGCUUUCCUACUGGCCGUAUGGGGUUUUCUUCUGCAAGGUGUGCAUGACUGUUGACAUCAUGAGCCAGUUCGCCUCCACCUAUUGCCUGACGCUGAUGAGCAUCGACCGCUUCCUCGCCGUGGUUUAUCCCAUUCGCAGCGCCAAAUGGAGGAAGCUGCAGGUGGCCAAGAUCUUCAGCGGCCUGGUUUGGGUUGUGUCCUUUGUGCUCGCGCUGCCGGUCACCAUCUUCUCGCAUGUGCAGGAGAGGUUCAACGACUGCAACUUGAGCUGGCCUGAGCCGCAAUACAUGUGGUCCAUCGCCUUCAUCCUCUACACAUCCAUCCUGAGCUUCUUCGGUCCACUCGUUGUCAUCUGCCUCUGCUACCUGCUCAUCGUCAUCAAGGUGAGGUCGGCAGGUGUGCGCGCAGGCCGGACGAGGCGGCGCAGGUCGGAGCGUAAGGUGACACGCAUGGUGGUGAUCAUCGUGCUGGUGUUUGUGCUCUGCUGGGGUCCUUUCUUUACUGCCAACAUUGUCAACCUGGUUGAAGUCAUCCCUGAAAACCCGACCGCAGCCGUCUUCUUUUUUACGCUGGUCAUCCUCACCUACGUCAACUCCUGCGCCAACCCCGUCCUCUACGGCUUCCUGUCCGACAACUUCAAGCAGAGCUUCCAGAAAGUGCUCUGCUGCCACAAACCCAAUGCUGCCGUGGGGACGGGCAGGACUGGAAAUAGACAGAACGCAAACAAGACUGUCGCGCUUGAAGCCAUUAGGAAUCCCGACAGCGAGCCUCUCCCUUUAAAACAUACGGCGAACGGCCAGUAACCCGCCUUCAGCUGCUGUUCUACCACACAGAACACGGAGGAUUUUUUAUUAUUAUUGUGUUUUUCUGUCUUUACUGCCACAAACGUUCAUCACUGAGCUUUGCAGUUUUGUUUUUUAUAUCUUUUUAUCAAAUUGAUUGCAUUGUACAAAGCUUCACUGCAUGUGAUGACGUCAAAAAACUUUUAAAAAAUGCUGCCAGUUUUCAGCUGCAUUUACCACAUUUGUUUUUAUCAUAUGUCAGUGAGAGACCUUGUUUUCUGGAAUGCUUUUGUGCUCAUUUGCAGUAAAAUGUUUAAUCUGUCAGCACUAAGAGACCAAACGAAUGAAUCAUUCGACCAGAAUUAAACUCGCUUCGGCUUUAAUGGACGAUCAUGAGUGGAAUCGAUCUUCUCAUCCGCAGCAAGAAAGAAAAUAAAAUCUUAUUUUCCAAAAAGUGAACCUCACAACAACACAGAGCUGCGGAAGUACAUUUACCAUGUUGGGAAUUUCACAUCGCUCCAUGUUUUUUUUUUUCACCAGGAAUUAUUUCAUUACGUUGUCCAGACAUUGUUCUUCCUUUAAUUGUUGAAUUUACAACAUUUGGUGUUUUUACUGCCAUAACUAGACCCUGUUGGUUGCUGUUAAUAUAAAUGAUUAUCAUGACUACUUUAUUUUAUUUUUGACAGGUUUUUUUGUGACAUCUUGACAGUAAAGGAGCAUUUUCUGUCCUGCAGCUGCUGGAUUAUGACAUUUGAUGACAGCAUUAUUAGAAAACACUGCACUAAGGUUGAGCCCAGAAAAGACCCUGUGAACAAUAUUUGACUUUGAAGGUGUUUCAAGAAAUAACGGGUGACAAGAGAUUCAUUUGUGUAAGAAUUGCUGUGAAUUUUGCAAUAUGCCGCAUUUAAUUCCUCACACAUAUGCCAUACAUGCUAACAUAAUCAUGUUAUCAUGAGUAUUAAUAAACAGUAAAACCUA